CUCAUUUCUGUCUGUAAUGUUUUGCUUUCUGUAUUUUAUUUGUUUUUACACGUGCUGUCAGGAGCUCGAUGGUUUUCUCUCUUUAGUGUUUAAUGACUGAAGCUUUUUCUCGCGGUUUGUAGUUUGCACACAGUGUCAUCACCUUCUCCUGAGGAGAAUAACACGAGAAUAUCUGUCAUGAAUCUGAAUAAAUCCAGUGCGUGAAUAUAAAUGAAAGUGUCCAUGCGACAGGAGACUGACGUCUAAAGUCUUUUCUCUGAAGGUCUUUGUGUUCGUUCAAGUUCAGUCUCGAGUACAUCACGUGACUGUAACGUGCGGUGGGGAAACACGCUGUGUUGUGCUAUAUGAAGAUGAAGAUGAUGAUGAUGAUGAGGUUGUAGGCUAUAGACCAUAGACUCAUGAGCUCGUGUGUUUUGAUUGACUGACAGGGAAACAGACGCUCACACAGCGUGAUCAUGGUGAGGACGUAUAAAAGAAAGACCAACAGGGCGAGCACGACUCCAGACACGAUGCUGAAGGCCGUCAGACAGGUGCUGGUGUUCAAGAAGACCAUCCGAGCCGCAGCCGAGGAGUUCGGCAUCAAUUAUCGCACCCUCGCUCGAUACUGUACCAAAAUUCCCCGAGAGGAGGUGGAGGGAGACGCCGAACACCCGAGCUGCACGGUGGGCUUCAUCGGCGCCAGACAAGUGUUCAACCCUGAAACAGAGACGGAACUGAUCUCCUGCAUCUCAAGAGCAACUGACAUUUAUUACUCGCUGCCACCCAAAGCCAUCAGAAAGCUAUCCUAUCAGCUGGCGAAGAGGCACCAGCUGCACAUGCCGGCGUCAUGGAGGGAAAAUAAACAAGCCAGCGCCGACUGGUUCGCUGCUUUUCUGAAGAGACAUCCCACGCUGUCCGUCAGAUCGGCAGAACCGUCGAGUCGCUGCGCUACAGGCCACGCUGAGAUGUUUUACAGCAAACUGAAGGAGCUCACGGAGCGACACCGUUUCAAACCUGAGGACGUCUGGAACGUGGAUGAAAUGGGCAUCAGCUCGUCUCAAAGAGCCGAUCGUGUGGUCAUCAGAAGAGGACAGACGCAGCUCGGGUGCGCGUCUGACAGAGGACCUCUCGUGAGCGUGGCCUGUGCCGUCUCCGCCGCCGGAAACACCAUUCCACCUUAUUUCGUCUUCCCAAGAGUACAGUUCAGGGAGCACUUUCUGACCGGCGCGCCCGUCGGGAGCUCGGGCGGAGCAAAUCUUAACGGUUGGAUGAGAGAGGAGCAGUUCGUCGAGUUCCUGCGACAUUUCACACGUCACACCGAAUGCUCGCCGGAGCGACCCUGUCUCCUGCUCCUCGACAGUCACGCAUCACAUCUGUCCAUCGAAGGACUCAGUUACGCCAAAACAAACGGCAUGGUGAUGCUCUCCUUCCCUCCACACUGUCCUCCGAGCGUACAGCCGCUGGAGCGCUCCGUCUACGAGCCCUUUAAGAAGUGUGUGAACGCAGCCAUCGACAGCUGGAUGCUGGGAGGCCCCGGGAGGAGUCUCACCAUUCAUCAUAUUCCGGGAAUCGUCUCCAGCGCGCUCCCGCUGGCCGUCACUCCAGACAACAUCACAGACGGCUUUAAAGCGUGUGGAGUUUUCCCUCUCGACACAAACAAAGGAUCACUGACCGACCGCUCUCAACCUUCUGCGUCCAACCACUCAGACGACACGAGUGAAUGUGAGCGUCAGCCCACAGCAGAGAAACUUCACUUUUACCAAAGACUGAAAAACUCGGAGAAAGACGGCGCUCAUCUCCACCGGCUCUCCUGACGUCAAACACACACGCACACAACACAAUCUCAGUAUUUUUUCAGUUGAAUUAAUUUGCUGUUUGAUACAUUAUUGCUAAGUGUUAUUAAAUAUGACACAUUUCAAACAGACAUGUUGUGGACGAAGACUUUUUACUCUCAAAAGUAUUUCGUUUUUCAAAUCCUCAAAACGGUGUCAACGAAGAGCAGGUAAGCCCGUGACAACAUGCCUCGAUAUGUUCAGAGAAUGUGCUCUCGUGCUCCAGAUAAUGUGUAAUAAUGUAGUUUCAUUUAGGCUCUAUCUUUGGUCUUGAAUCUGAUAUACCAUUUGACUGUUUUGAUGUGUUCUUACGAGAAUCUUAAGGUGUGACGACCUCGGCCGUCUGGCUUUAGAACUGCAGCUUUGUCCACCAAAUUAAAAUGCACCAGACGCUCCUUUUAAAAAUGACUAAGUCGAGGGAGACCUUUGCUUUUGAGCAUUUGUUUUGGUUACUUUCCACAUUUACACUUCAGCUUUGCAUUACAUUACAUUUUCAGCCAUCAUGCACCUUUCAUUACACACUGAUCCGAAACCAUUGUUGUUAUCUUCUUUCCUUUUGGCUUUAAUGUUUAGUGAUUUUCUCCUUUUGUAACUUUGGCUGACCUCCGUUACACCAGCAACAAUUUGUCUUUGUCUUGGAAGUAUUUCAAACCAUCACGUAGUGUCCAGUCAUUAUACAUACACGACGAGAAUCUGUGUAAUAAAUAGAUUUUAUUUGAUUCACGACGACCUAUUAGGUCACUUUCACUCAAAUAUAAGGAUUUUGUUCGUCAUUUUGUCGUGACAGGAUUUGACGUGUCUCACAGACAGCCUUGUGUUUUUAUUCUUUUGAUAAAGGCUUCGUGGUGGUUUUUGAUCUGGGCUAAGAAUGUUUUGUGAUUUGUUUAUAAUAAUCUGGUCCUGAUGUUUACAUUGAGUCAUUUUCACAUUGUUUGGUGUUCAAAAGUGCAGUUGUGUUUUGUGUGUCUUGAUCUUCAGCUCUAUAAUAAUCAUAAUGUAUAACACAUCGUUUUCACUGUGAGUGAGUUGUGACGGGUUUGAUGAUCUGUUAUCCAUCUCAUUGAACAGUUAGAGAAGAAACACAGAGGUAUAGAAAUGACAAGUAAAUGAACGAAUCGAAACACAAGACGAGUAUAGUAGUAGUACAGGAUCAGUGACUCUUAUCCACGGCUCACGCUGCAGGGACAUCACACACACACUUCUGAAUAAAAACAUUUCUUAUGCACUUUAACACCUCAUUGUCAUUUUAAUGGAACACCAGUAACAAUGUCCCUUUCUCUCUUUCUUUGUGUUUUGUCUUUUCUCACAGAGCUGACAGAAGGAACCAAAAACAAGAAGAAGGGAAAUCCACACGAGUGUAAGAAUGCUGAUGUCAGCAGGACUUUAAAUAUGAAGUCGAGUUCAAUAUUUACAUCAACCAGCAGGUGUACGGAUGAACCUCUGUUUCUGCUUCUAAACAGCUUUGUGGAUCAAAUGUGCAAUAGUCCGCGUGAGCCGUACACAGUCUGUCACGGUUAUAUUUUCACAUAGACACCAGACCAAAGUCCUCCUGAUUCACAAUAAGCCUGUUUUAACAUCAUCCUUCACUUCAUUUUUCUUGAACUUUUCACCCCUCAUUCUUCUACUGAAUGAGCUUUAGAUCAUAAAGACAGACGCUUCAUUCAUGGAAUUAAUAAAGACCGAAUAACAAAGCCAGAAGAUGCUUUAAAAUACUUGAACGUGACAAUACUGCACGAGAUCAAUCAGAAAUAAAACACAACGCCUCUGUCAGCUGAAGUUUAGUUCAAAUCUAUGGGCAAAACGAGUUCGAUGUAGGGCUGCACGAUUAUGAC